UUUCAGUCAGUAACCGCGAGGCAGGCCGUGCGCUGCCGUUUUUCCCGCCACGCACCGGCAACACACGCCUUUGUUUUUUCGCCGCGGCCGCCUCUAUAAAUCCCGAGAAAGAGCGCGCACGGCGACGGGAAAAAGGUUGCGGUCUGCGAAAUCGGAUUUCCACGCAAUAUGCGGCGCGGCAAAAAGAAAAACCGACAGCGUUCCUGAAACAAUAUCGGUCGUUAUCGCACGGGAGAUUAGAGCAAAUAUACCGUUCGGUUACGCGUGGCGAUUUAGAUGCAGGUGGCGGCGUAUCGUCGUAAACCAGAGCUUGCUUUGUUUAAAGAGCGCGCUGCCCGCCCUGUCGCAAAAUGUGCCGCGAUCGUCGCGCCAAGUGCCGAGUUGCCGUCGCUGUGUUUUUGUUGGUGAUGUUGCACGGUCCUUCGUGUUUUUGUACGGUCCGGAAUGGGAUUACCAAGAGGGACGUGCUUGACGAGAAUGUGCAAGCUUACUUGACGCAAUUUGGUUACAUGGACAAAUCGCUAGAUGGCGCGUUCGCCUUGCGAACCGAAAAUUCCGUGAGAGAUGCUAUACGGGAGCUUCAAGGAUUCGCGGGAAUACCAGUGACGGGACAAAUGGACGAGCGCACUUUGAAAUUGAUGCAGACGCCAAGAUGCGGAAUACCGGACAAGGAAGAAAAGCGACAGACUUCCGGGAGGCGGAAACGAUACACUAUACACGGCCUAAAAUGGCCUUAUACUAAUCUUACGUGGAGCUUACGAACCCAGAAGCUGCAAAAUCUCGACCCCUACGAAGUACGUUACGUUAUCUCGAAAGCCUUAGAGGUGUGGUCUAAACAUUCGAGAUUGACGUUCACCGAAGUCGAUAGCGACAAAGCGGAUAUCCUUAUUUAUUUUUACAGAAGGGAUCAUGGCGACAACUUCCCGUUCGACGGGAAGGGAGUCAUCCUGGCCCACGCGUUCUUCCCGACCGGACAGAGAGCUAGCGUCGACGUCCAUUUCGACGCCGACGAGAGUUGGACGACGUCCGGAAGCAGCGAACAGGGCACCAAUCUAUUCAACGUAGCAGCCCACGAGAUAGGUCAUUCAUUAGGGCUUUCGCAUUCUACCGAGCAAGAUGCCUUGAUGUACCCUUGGUAUAAGGAGAUGAAGGACGGAUUGGAUUACGAACUACCGGAGGAUGAUAGGCUUGCCAUUCAGUAUCUCUACGGCGCCAGAGAGAGGCAGUGGGACCGAAUACCUCAAUACCGACCUCCAGUCACCGCAUCAACCACAACCACCACCACCACCACCACCACCACGACAACUGCAAGAACUCCCUCACGAUUUUACCCAACUCGAGCUCCAUACGAUCCUCGUUACCCUUACGGAAGACCUCAUUACCCGCACUCGCCCUACAAGCCCAAUAAGAAUCCGUAUAACAAAACCCCAAUGCGUCCCGAAAAGAAACCACAUUAUCCUAAACAUAACUACCCUCACGGAAGAUACCCGCACCAUAAACAUCCAGGGCGACCUUACCCUUACACAACAACCGCGAAACCAGUACGGCCAACAACGAAAAACAACCCCACCGUACCCGAACGACGUCCCGAGGUGACCACAUCUCCUUCUAAAGAAACGCCAAAGAGAGAUCAACCCCCAGACACCUGCGAUACCAGUUACGAUGCCGUCGCGAUGAUCAGAAGGGAGAUGUUUGUCUUUAAAGAUAGAUAUUUCUGGAGAAUAGGCGACAACGGAGUGUCCAACACUUACCCAGCAGAAAUAACGCGCCUGUGGCGGGGAUUCCCGUCGAAUUUCACCCACGUUGAUGCCGUCUACGAACGUCCCGACGGACUUAUCGUUUUUUUCGUCGACGAUCUUUACUACUUAUUUUCGGGCGUCAAGGUGGAAGCGGGCUACCCGAGACCCAUAGUCGAUUUAGGUCUUCCUCGAACGUUGAAAAAAAUCGACGGCGCCAUGGUAUGGGGCCACAAUGGAAAAACUUACUUCUACAGUGGAGAUAUGUAUUGGAGAUUCGAUGAAGACGUACAGAAAGUUGAAUUGGACUAUCCGAGAAAUAUGAAAAUGUGGAAGGGCGUUGGGACUAAUAUUGAUGCCGUUUUCCAGUGGCAGGAUGGGAGAACUUACUUUUUCAAAGGCAAGGGUUUUUGGAAAUUCAACGACCUGCAUAUGCGCGUAGAACACAUAGAUCAAAAGUUAUCGGCGCCAUUUUGGAUGGGCUGCUCCAAGAAUUACGAAGGAAAUGACUUGAAUCAGAAACUGCCGUACACCAAGCUGGAGGAGAACGCCUCCAAUUAUCUGAAACCCAGUUUCCUAGGUAUCAUUUUGGUUUUUUGUUUGUCGAUUUUCAAGAUGUGUGGUUGCUACGUCUGUUAGCGUUUUAGUAAAUUUUACGGGAGUCUUGGAAUGAUUCGCGCCAGUUCAUUUCUUCUCCAUUAACUAUUAUAUAAUCUAUUUUGCAAAUUUUAUUUAUAAGAUAACCCUGCCUCAACAAUAUUUUAUACUACGUAAACUAUACUCAAAUAUUUAUAAAAUUGUGAUAAAAUAUAGCUAACUCUAGUGUUAUUUUUAUAUUGUACAGUGACCAUACCAUACCGUUGACCAUAUAGCUGUAAAAAUAUUUAAAGCACAUUUUAUAAUACAUCAAAAAUUGACGCGUGGUUUACCAACACUACAUUUUUUUUAAAAUCUGAUCUUAGGUAGCGGCAGCUUGUCUUUGCUAGGCAGAGUGCUGGAGCUUAUCAGCAAUAAUAAAAAUUACAAUGUCCUGUAUAGAAGCAUCUGUACAAGUAGGAACUAGCUGCCCAGACGAGCAGUCGCUGUACCGCUAGUUAUGUUCGCGUCUUAAUUUUUGAAAUUUAUCAAGUACCCUGGAUAAAAUAAAUAAUGUAAAAAAUCGAUGUUUUAAUCAUGUUUUUAUAUAAUUUGUGAUAUGAAGAAACCAGGAGUUACAGGUCUGCUUCCUCAGAUAAAGAUCGAAAUUGUCGGUUGCCUUGUGUAAUAAACCGACCAUUAUCUUUAAUUUAGUUGUUUUAUUUAAUUUUAGUUAGGUACACAAAAGAAAAAAGGCCAUAGUGCAAUCACGAAAGGUUCGGAUUAGAGGCGCAUCCUAGUACCUUAGAUCUCAGUGAAGGAAUAUAUGGGUUGAAAAAUAAUGUAUUAACUGGCCGUUUCUCUUUUAUAGAGCUGAUGAGAUUGUUCAAGCAAAUAUUACACCUGCUAGGCAAUAUUUUGGAUGGCGCGCACUGUUUCUUAUCAGAUCUUUAUUUUAUUAACAGUAUCAGAAUUUUAUGUUUUACCAAACCAAGAAUAAAUUGAUCCGUCAGCUCAUUGGCCAUUGUUUUGAUUUCAAAUGCACACUGCCUUUGGAAAAGCAACACUAUUUUUGUGAUACAUUUUUAUUGGCAAAAUGUUUAGGCUGAAAAUACAUGUAUUGAAAAAAUAACUUUUAGCUGUAAGUUAGGUUUAUUUACUUUUUUAUAUUGCUUAUAUAAAUUCUGUGAUAUUUUUUAAUUGUAAUUCAAUUUAACCUGUUUUUAUUAGCUUACUACAAUUUAGAUUUUUUAAAUACCAGUGAAUUUCAAUUUUAGUAUUAACAAUGAAUUUCAUAGUUGGAUAAAUCAUAAUAGAAAAAAGUACCAUUCAAUUUUUACAAAAGAAAUUAAGUCAGUGACCACGAAGGAAUGAAUGUUAGCAGAUAUGUAUAUGAAAACAAACACUGUGUAUUUAACAAAUCGAUUAAAUCUCUUUAAAAAACAUAUGGUGAAAAAAUAUCUAGAAAAUCCUUGAUUAGGAACGUUUUAGUUCCAGUUAAAUAAAGUAUGAAAAUAAAUUUAGGAUUUUUAUGUAAUUUUUAAGUAAUAUGACAGUUCAGUAUAAUUUCUUAUCAUGUAACUUCAUUAUUUAGCUGUAAAUAUUUCAAGUGUAAAGUGAACUUAUAAUUAUGUGGAAAAAUAUAG